AUGUUUUACCUAUUGUUACUUACCAAUGCAACUUCCACCACCGCACGCCCAACCAAGCCACUUCCCAACCCUUUUCGCGAAACGCUAGCCAUCAUAAACCCAAAUCUCAACCAUUGGUGCACGAUUCUCGUGCCUCCACCACAAGCCACUGUGCCUCUAACCCCUCUCCAUUCAAUUCGCGACCACCCUAACCCAAUCUAA